UGAAUGAUUCUAUUCAAUGAACUUUAUAAACUCAUAAAUUUACCGAAGAGAAUUAGAAAGGCACAAUUUUUAGUGGUCGCGGCUGCAGAUUGAUGCUGUUCCUCAUUCUAGGAGCUAUACGCCGCCGUUCACGACGUCGACGGCAACGACAACAACAGCAACAAGAGCAACAGCAGCAGCAACAACGUCAAGGUGACCAAAAUCAUCAGUUCCGCCACGAGCAACACCGGUAAAAUGAAAUUGGAAUCCGGCAGAGGAGAAACAGGCGGAUGCUGCUACUCCGGUAAUCUCCGCCGGUGGGUUCUGAUAGUAACACUAGUGUUCACCGCCAUUGCAGUACCUUGCCUCGUCCUCAACAACACUGUCUAUCCUUUCCUUCUUCUCCGUCACUCCUCUUAUUCCAUGGAAAAUGGAAAGGGGAAAUUGGGAAGAGUACUGAAGGAAGCUGCAAUGGAAGACAAUACUGUGAUCAUAACGACAUUAAACGAAGCAUGGGCAACUCCAGGUUCAAUAUUCGAUCUCUUUCUUGAAAGCUUCCUGAUUGGGAACCAAACCAAACACCUUUUAGACCAUUUGGUUGUGGUUGCUCUGGACCAGAAGGCUUACAAUAGCUGCUUGGCUGUACACUCUCAUUGCUUUGCUCUCACCACGAAAGAUGUAGAUUUCUCCGGCCAAGAAAAGUAUUUCAUGUCCCCUGAUUACCUGAAGAUGAUGUGGAGAAGGAUUCAUUUCCUACGCUCUGUUCUUCAGCUUGGUUACAACUUCGUUUUCACUGAUGCUGAUAUAAUGUGGUUCAGAGACCCUUUUCCACGACUAUAUAAAGAUGCAGAUUUCCAGAUUUCAUGUGAUCGAUUCAAUGGCAACUCCUUGGAUUCAAAUAACGCUCCCAAUGGAGGAUUUACUUAUGUGAAAUCGAAUAAAAGGACAAUGAAGUUCUACAAGUUCUGGUACCUCUCUAAAAACACCCAUCCAGGUCUUCAUGAUCAAGAUGUAUUUAACAUGAUCAAGCAUCAUCCUUUCAUCACUCUAAUUGGGUUGAAGAUGAGGUUCUUGAGCACUACUUACUUUGGUGGAUUCUGUGAGACUAGCAAGGAUUUAAACCAAGUCUGCACAAUGCAUGCAAAUUGUUGUGCUGGUCUGGACAGAAAAGUCCAUGAUCUCAAGGUUAUGCUUGAGGAUUGGAGAACAUAUGUGUCUCAGCCAACCGCUGUGAAGAGAUCCAAUUCAUUAUCUUGGAGGGUGCCACAACUUUGCUGGGAGACGUUCCAUCAACGACCUCUCAAAAGGAAAGUUCCGAAAGAGAAGAAAGGUUGAGAAUGUCCAGAAAGACAACUUUCCGUAUUCUGUGUAAUCCUGUGUAAAGAUGAAGCAUAACGAAUUCACACCCAAGUAUGCAUGAAUGAUGGGAGGAUCAGCUCUUGCGCAAAUUAUGUGAUAAAGAUGUAGCUACCAUCUAUGGGAUGCAUAGUUUCAAAGUUAUUUAUUACAUUCUAAAUUGUCUAUUAAUUUGUACCCAAAUUAGAUGUUUCUUGUAUCUCAAUCAAAAUCCCUCUUGUUCCAUUCUUCUUUACAAUGAUGUUGUAUUGAAAUCAAAGUGGAGAAAUCUCUGCAAUUUGUUCUGUGGUA